AUCAUAGAAAUAAUUGGUGUCAGGCCAGGUGCUCCAGACGAGGGUUGAGGCGGCGUGUGUGAGCCACCAGUGUUGCACCACAGUAUACUACAGCAUAAUACACUAUAAUGGCACGGAAUGCGGAGAAGGCUAUGACCACAUUGGCACGGUGGCGGGCAGCACAAGAAGGAGGCACACAGCAGCAGAAAGUCCGGCGACCUUACCUGGCCUCCGAGUGUGAAGAUCUCCGAGAGGCUGAGAAGUGGAGGAAUCAAGUCAUCUCUGAAAUUGCACGAAAAGUCUCCCAGAUACAAAAUGCUGGCUUAGGGGAAUUCCGAAUUAGAGAUUUGAAUGAUGAAAUCAAUAAACUUCUUCGAGAAAAGGGUCACUGGGAAGUACGAAUUAAGGAGCUAGGUGGUCCAGACUAUGUUCGUGUUGGACCCAAGAUGACAGAUAUGGAUGGUCAGGAAGCCCCUGGCAACAGAGGUUAUAUGUAUUUUGGUGCAGCCAAAGACCUGCCUGGAGUUCGAGAACUGUUUGAACAAGAACCUCCACCCCCUCCUCGCAAGACCCGCGGAGAGCUGAUGAAGGAUAUUGAUGCUGAUUAUUAUGGCUACAGAGAUGAUGAUGAUGGUGUUUUGAUACCAUUAGAACGGAAAGCAGAGAGAAAAGCAAUACAAGCAGCAGUGAAACAGUAUACAAACAAAAAACUGGCAGCCAUUACAGGAGAGGAUGAGGAGGGUGAAGAGACUCAAGAGAAUGGGGUGGAAGAUGAAGAUGAUGUAGAGAGUGAAAAUGAAGAGAUAUCCCUGGAUGAAACAGAUGAACGAUCAGAGGUGCAGCGUUUUAUGGCUCAUGUGCCCAACAUCCCAACACAAGCAGACAUUGAAAAUGCAUUGGUGGAAAGGAAAAAACGUGAACUGCUUCAAACAUACCUUGGUGAUUGAGGUAAAACACUACUAAAAAGUACCUGAAUUUAUGAAGUACAAGUGAUAACACAGCUGGAACAGGAAUUGUGGGAUGACCAUUCAUUGUCUGAGAUCAGUCUCAUAGAUGUGGCUUUAUUAGAGGUAGUUACUAAGCGAUCUGUUUUCCCCUUACACAAUUUGUUACUCUUAUUGCGAAAGUUAUGAGAGGUUUUUUAGCAUGUGAGUCAUAUGCAAUAGUUAUUCCCUAUUGGUGAUAAAGAUUAUUAAUGGGUCAGUAGCAGAAAGUUGACAAUGAUCACAUCAGAUUCAGCUCUUGCACCUCACCUUUCAUUUAUAGACAUUGGAGAGAUUUUACUUUGUCAAGAAUGUAAAUACAUCAGUAAGAGUAACCUAGACUUUUCAUUAAUGACCCCCAAACACCAGUUUCCUUAAAGUUGAAGCUCUGAAUAUAAAAAAAAGGGGCGGAGUCCUGAAUUAGAUUUUCUGAAUCCACCCUCAGCUCUACUGUAUGGAAAUGCCAACCUAUUCAUUUUUAAUUAUGACUUUAUCUUUACUUUUCUUCAUAUAACUGAACUAAUUAGUUUUCAAGUACUGUACUACUGCACUUAUGUAUAAUUUGCAUCAAUUGUCACCAAGGCAGAAUUUAUUACAAGCAGCAAUUACAAACUGCUAAUUAAUGAUGUUAUGCAGGAUGUCCAAAAAGUUAGGAAUUGAUAGAAAUUUAUUCUACAUAAGCAAGUAUUUAUACAUACUGUGCUGUAUGUACUCCAAAUGUUCACCACCAUGCUUAUAAUGUGUGUAAACCAUCAGUGGUUCCAGUGACCUGUGUACUGUACUGCAUUGAUGGAAAUGUCCAAAUCCCAAAUUUGUAUCUAUUGAUACAAACUUUUUGGUUAUGCUGUGAUUUUAUACAUCUUAUAAUUUUCAAAUCCUGUAUUCAGAAAGCAUAGAUAGACAUUGCUUAAGUCAUUCAUCAUAAAGAGAAAAUGUACUAGAUAAUCCAUUCAUGGAUAUCCCAAUAAUAUUGUUUUGCAGGGAAAAUCAAAAUGUUACCCUGGCCCAUUGAUUACAGUGAUUGUUAGUAUGGGCUUUCAUUGACUGAAGCCCUUGGUAAUAAUCAAGAAAAUAAAGGUUAGUGGAAUAUACUUAUAAAUGGACCAUCUAGGGUGAACACAUUAAAUAAGUCUAUUUUAUAUAUCUGGGCUGUAUUAUCCAUCAGAAUUGUGGGAAAAAUAAUAUAUAUACAGUAUGUAAUUUUUUAUACUACUUUUAAAUAAAAUAAAGUUGUUCCUUGGGUAUUUCUCAACCCGUGGGACAUGUGAUAAAAUAUCCAUUAAGCUUAUUUCCAUGUAGGCUAUACAGUAUCGGUACUAUCUGCCACCUACAGAGCAACCUUUCACCUAACCUCCACUCUGUCAAUACUGUAUUACCUACCUACUUACCCCACACCUCAGACAUGUAGUCCAGUACAGUAGUUGUUUGUUUUUGUCUUGGUGGUGGAAGUAAUUGUAAUAUUAGAGGUAGUAUUUGUAGUCACAUUUAAUUUAAAGGAAAUGGCCAACUUCAGUUUUCUUAGUUUUUAUUAUAACAAAUUACAUUUUUGUUUAUGCCCAUUGUAAGAAGUUUAAACUAUUUAGUAGCUAGAUUUACAACAUUUACAAUCAUUCAUAUUCAAAAAUUUGCAGCCUUUUUUCUACACAUUUAUAAUAAUGUACAUACCACAUUCUUUCAACAGAAAUCUUUCCAAUUACAAGAAUACAACUAAAGAACCGGAUAAGGAAUUGUAGAAAGUUAGUUACAGCAGAGAAGAGUUUAGAGUAAAUGUAUAGAUGUUAUUGCAAAUGUUCCUUUCUGGGAUGCUAAAAGCUGCAGUAAAAAAAAAAUAUUAAUACAGUACUGUAUAUAGUGAUAUCUCCAUUAGCAGGAACAAUUGGUGCAGAGCACUUCCAGUAAUGAAAGAUUUCCCGGUAACGAGAUGACUCUCAAAGCCGGAAAAAAUCCCUCGUCCCCAGAAUUUUCCGUGCAACGGAAAAAUGUUCUCGGAAGUUCCACAAAUUGCCUAUUACAUCGUCUCUUAAACCCAGAAAAAUAUCCUAUCCCCAGAAUUUUCCAGGUGCCCAAUCAAGAAAAUUUUCUCGGAAAAUCAUUCCCAAAACCAGAAUUUUCCAGAAAAUUAAGGCUUAGGGAAUGAUUUUCCGAGAAAAUUUCAAUUUCGGCUAUUGGAGAGUUCUAGGUUUGAGGGAUUCCGGCUAAUGGAGAUAUUACUUGUAUAUGGUAUACGCAUUGGAGUAACGAUAUUACUCGUUCAAUAUUUCCCCAGAGUUUAUAAAGUACAGUACUGUACAUACUGCACGGUAAUCUGAAAUUAUAAAGUUUAAAAUGUGAACUUAUGUUACUAUACAUGAACCUUAUAUGAAAGAUAUUUAUGUAUCAUAUGCAUACUAUACUAUGAAGAAGUACUGUAUUUUAAAAUUAUAAUUUGGAACUAAAUUUCUCUCUAUUUAAAAUUUUUAAUGUUCCAGAAACGAUAUGAUUGACUCAGAUGAAACCUACAUCUACAAAUAAUAUUUUUUUCCAAUAUACUGUACAUUAGUACUCCAAAAUUGACAGCAUAUCUAACAUAUUUCAAGUAAAAAGUUAACUAAUCACCAUCAAUGUUUUAAGGCCAGUUCCAUGCUUGUGUGGGUUAGCCGUGAUUACCUGAUGGCAGUUGUUGGGUGAAACUAGAAUGGAAUGCUCCCCUGCUCACCACCACAAACCCAGGGUGCCAGCUCAGAAAAAGCAGCAGAGACCAGAGAAUGGCCACAGCUCUGGUGACCUAGUUGCCAUCAGGCAUGUUGAAGCAAAGUUUUACAGCUGGACGCCCUUCCUAACGCCAACCCGCAGGAUGGGAACAGCUGACAAGGCAGGGUCACAACUCGAGGUAAUCAAAUACUACCCACUUACCUAUACUAACAAUGAUUAUUGUAAAGGAAAUACCCAAUAUAAAUAUAUUAUGAAAAAUGCAUUACUGUACAGAUAAAUACAGGCUGUUUCAAAAAGUUAAGUUCACCCUCUUCCUCAUCACCUUACACCUGACACCCAAAGUUUUAAAACUUGGCCUUAUGGGAGUUGGGCUCCUUGGUUCCAGUAAAUCAGUCUCAUUACUGGAGAAGAGGAGGGUAAAGUGAUUUUUGGAACACCUUGUAUAUUGCCUUACCUUAUGCAAGCCAGUGUUAUGAAACUUACAGUACCUUUAUUAUACUUGAUUUUAUUGUACACAUUACAGUAUUUUAAUUCAAAGAUAUUAGAGAAAGGGCUAUCACCCUUAUAAUGAACAUGAAAACUGUGUAUGGUUAUAACUGCUUCUAAAUAAAACAAACUGGUGAAACUGA